UUCACAGGAAAUAUGAACUCCCUACCGGGAAGGAGUGUGUCGCUGUGCAGAAGCACCACAGCGGGCGCUAUGAGGGUCCUCAUGGGUGCACCAGGUCACCCUGUCACCAUAGCCUGUGUGACUUGCCUCGAGGCCGUCAGAGGGUGUCACUCGGGCUCCAAGGGCAGCGUCAACACCAAGAAGCGCGGUUAUGACAUCACCAGAAACCCACACCUGAACAAGGUAAAGCCCUAGAUCAAGGUCCCCCAACUGGCAGCCCCUGAUUUUCUGAGCAAAAAAUUUAAAAUAUAUAUUUUAUUUGUAUUAAAUUGUUGGACAUAAGAGACUGUAAAAACACCAGAAAAUCAGCUCCAAGGGAUUUUAAUUUUGGAAAUCUGUUCCAAAGUAUUCUCACACAUAAUAGAGAGAUAUACACUGAGUGUACAAAACAUUAAAGUGGAACUGACAGCGUUUGAACUACUUUGCAGAUAUGAAACAGACAGUAAUAUCAGUAAAAAAUAUAAAAUGUCCAGUUUUAUGUUACAAAACCAACUUUAUAAUAGGUUUUAAAAAUAGGUUCUAUUUCACAAAAAAAUCCAUGACAUACAGUAAGGGAUUGUUGGCAAAAUUCAGUGCAUUCAGAAAGUAUUCAGACCCCUUGACUUUUUCCUCAUUUUGUUACUUUACAGCCUUAUUCUAACAUUAAUUCAAUUGUUUUUUUCCCUCAUCAAUAUACACACACAAUACCCCAUAAUGACAAAGCAAAAACAGGUUUUUAUUUAUUAAAAAUAAAUAACCCUAGGCACACCUAUAUUUGGGGAGUUUCUCCCAUUCUUCUCUGCAGAUCCUCUCAAGCUCUGUCAGGUUGGAUGGGGAGCGUCGCUGCACAGCUAUUUUCAGGUCUCUACAGAGAUGUUCAAUCGCGUUCAAGUCCGGGCUCUGGCUGGGCCACUCAAGGACAUACAGAGACUUGUCCCGAAGCCACUACUGCGUUGUCUUGGCUGUGUGCUUAGGGUCGUUGUCCUGUUGGAAGGUGAACCCCACCCCAGUCUGAGGUCGAGUGCUCUGGAGCAGGUUUUCAUCAAGGAUCUCUCUGUACUUUGCUCCGUUCAUCUUUCCUUCGAUCCUGACUAGUCUCCCAGUCCCUGCCACUAAAAAACAUACCCACAGCGUGAUGCUGCCAACACCAUGCUUCACCGUAGGGAUGGUGCCAGGUUUCCUCCAGAUGUGACGCUUGGCAUUCAGGCCAAAGAGUUCAAUCUUGGUUUCAUCAGACCAGAGAAUCCUGUUUCUCAUGGUCUGAGAGUCCUUUAGGUGCCUUUUGGCAAACUCCAAGCGGGCUGUCAUGUGCCUUUUACUGAGGAGUGGCUUCUGUCUGGCCACUCUACCCUAAGGGCCGGAUUGGUGGAGUGCUGCAGAGAUGGUUGUCCUUCUGGAAGGUUCUCCCAUCUCCACAGAGGAACUCUGGAGCUCUGUCAGAGUGACCAUCGGGUUCUUGGUCACCUCCCUGACCAAGGCCCUUCUCCCCCGAUUGCUCAGUUUGGCCGGUCGGCCAGCUCUAGGAAGAGUCUUGGUGGUUCCAAACUUCAUCCAUUUAAGAAUGAUGGAGGCCACUAUGUUCUUGGGGACCUUCAAUGCUGCAGACAUUUUUGGGUACCCUUCCCCAGAUCUGUGCCCUACGGACCAUUCCUUCGACCUCAUGGCUUGGUUUUUGCUAUGACAUGCACGGUCAACUGUGGGACCUUUAAAUAGACAGGUGUGUGCCUUUCCAAAUCAUGUCCAAUCAAUUGAAAUGACCACAGGUGGACUCCAAUCCAGUUGUAGAAACAUCUCAAGGAUGAUCAAUGGAUGCACCUGAGCUCAAUUUCGAGUCUCAUAGCAAAGGGUCUGAAUACUUAUGUAAAUAAGGUGUUUCUGUUUUUUAUUUUUAAUACAUUUGCAAAAAUUCUAAAAACCUGUUUUUUCUUUGUCAUUAUGGGGUAUUGUGUAUAGAUUGAGAAUUGGUUUAAAAAAUAAUAAUUUUAGAAUAAGGCUGUUAAGUAACAAAAUGUGGAAAAAGUCUGAGUACUUUCUGAAUGCAUUCUAGAUGGAUGCAGUUCAAUGCAUUAUUAAUAUAAUUCACCAAUAUAUCUCUUGGUAGUCCAAAAAUAUUGCUGUCUGGUUGUAAAUCAAACUAGCAAGGGCAAUGAUCACAAGUCAGUCAUAACAUGGGUAAUCGGCUAGCGCACGUAUCAAACACAAGGCGUGACACAUUUCUAUCCGACCCGCGCAAUGAUUUGGGUUGUCAAUUCAUUUUGGCCCGCUACCAUACGGUCCGCUGCACUACAAGUCAGAGCAAGCACUGCCAACGUGCUGCACGCCAAACGGCAGUGCAUUGCCACACACACAACUCUCCUCCCAGACCCACCCACACACGAGCUAUAUCAUAUCAUCACUAAUGGCAUUGACCAAAUCUUCUACCAGACCAAAAGUUUAAACAUGUUGUAGGCUAAAUGUCCAUGCCAAGUUUCGGUUCCAACAGGUCAUUACUGUAGCCUACAGAAAAUGUAAUCUUGCUUGUCAAAAAGUUAUAAGAUAAAGGAUUCACAUGCGGACACACAAGUGAGUAUAAAUGAGUCAGCAGUUGAGUCCUCUACUUCAUGAAAUUACAGCCUGAUGUGCUCGCAUCGGGGAAUUCAACUUCAAUUGUGCUGCUUUCGUGUGUACCAUUUACAACAUGCACAUGCAACGGAGGGAAAGUGUACAGAAAUGCCACAGUCCUAGCUAGGCUACUAAAAUGUUGCAGUCUGGCUUCGGUUUUUAAAGCUUGACAAUGAAUAACCAAAAAACUAAACCUGCAACCAAACACCAUGUUAAGGAGAAACAUGUAGGCCUAUUACAGCAACAUUUGAGCAGUAACCUAGGCUGGCUACUCAACUAUAAGACGUUGAGUGCACCAUACAGAAAUGCGGCAUUCAUUAUUUAUUUAGCAAGCUAAAAACACUGAGUCUAACGUUAGCUAGCUAGCUACUAGGAGGAUGUCAUGUCAUUGGAGGAGUGAGUGAGUGACAUAUCGUUUUUCAGUGGUGACAGCUAGAGAUGCAGGUGUCAUUUGGUUAGCUAGCAAGAAAUGUGAAUCGCUUUGCUAGCUAGCUAGCUAUGCUGAAUGACUUAUCCACAGUUAGCAUAUCUCUUAGUUGUCAAUCAAAUGUAUUUGGCAUCGAUCAAAUGGGCGGGCAGGCAAGUUCCCAUUCCGUUGUCAAAACGUGGGUUGGGACAAGCAUGCUUUGGUAGACAACCUGCAGAAGGACGAGCAGGCUACUAUUCCCCAUCGUUUAUCAGUGUAAUUUUGACGGCCAACUAGCUGAAAAAGUUGGAGAGGGUUUAUCUAAUGUUCCCUCGUUAGAUUUGAGCUCAUCUCGUUCUGGCUAGCAUUAGCUAGUUGUUGAUCUUGUUGUUGUUCAUGUACAUAGGCAACUGAGGGAGUGAGAGCCUACCUUUUCAUGGUUGUUUCAUCAAUAGGACUGUGACGUUCCCAAAUGUAAGAGGACUCCCGUGGUAUUUACAUAUUUGCAGAAACCCAUUCAGGUGUAUUUUUUGGCGAAUGCGUUCUAAUUAUCUAAAUACGCACUUGUUGCUACUGCCUGUAACACACAGUCCAGUUCAAAGUGAAUGAUGGCAGGCCGGUGUGGCAAUUGGCUUAUUUGCAUAUAGGCCUACUAUAGCUCUGAUUGGCUAUGGCGCACCGGUCUGUGCAGGCUCCGGUUCUGGACAAGACAGACGUUUUAAUGUUUUAUUUGCUGCAGUGUUUAUUAAUUGUCCAAACGCACGGCCGCCCUCCCACUCUGUGUUGCUAUAGAAUUUUGACAAAUGCCUUACUACAUAUACGUAAUUCCCAAACAUUCUAUGAAUUUGUGAAAAUGGCCAUAUCUAAGUGCUCGCUUGUUAGAAAAUGUAAAAACAAAAGAUGUCAUAAUCUUCCUGAGGGUGUAUAUGAUCAGAUUUUUAAAAGAUUUCAUGUUGCUAAAAUGCUGUCAGUUCCACUAUAAGGACACAUGCUCUUUCCAUGACAUAGACUGACCAGGUGAAUCCAGGUGAAAGCUAUUGAUGUAAUUUCAAUCAGUGUAGAUGAAGAGGAGGAGACAGGUUAAAUAAUGAUUUUUAAGCCUUGAGACAAUUGAGACAUUGAUUGUGUAUAUGUGUGCCAUUCAGUGGGUGAAUGGGCAAGACAAAAUAUUUAAGUGCCUUUAAAUGGGGUAUGGUAGUAGGUGCCAGGCGCACCGGUUUGUGUCAAGAACUGCAAUGCUGCUGGGUUUUUCACACUCAACAGUUUCCCGUUUGUAUCAAGAAUGGUCCACCAUCCAAAGGACAUCCAGCCAUCUUGACACAACUGUGGAAAGCAUUGGAGUCAACAUGGGCCAGCAUCCCUGUGGAACGCUUUCGACACCUUGUAGAGUCCAUUCCCAGACAAAUUGAGGCUGUAACUCAAUAUUAGGAAGGUGUUCUUAAUGUUUUGUACACUCAGUGUAUGUGAUUGUAUACAAAUGUAAGCAAGGUUUGAAAUUAUUAUGUUUUAGUCAAAUAUUAUAUCUGUUUGGGCUUCUUGCGAUCAAUUUGCGGUCUACAAAUUAUUUGUAAUUAUGUUCCGGCCUCCUGACCAUCGCUGAAUAAAUAAUCGGCCUGCGGCUGAAUCUAGUUGAUGAUCCCUGCCCCUAGACCACCACAGACAGUGCAGUGCCAUCAGAUGAAAAGCCACUGCUCUCAUUCAGGACGCCUGGUUUUCUGAGAAAUCUUUAGAAUUAUUAGAACAUGUAAACGCCUUCAUCAGAAUUCCAGGGGUGUGUUUGAUCUGCGCAUGUGGCAGCACCAGCAGCACAAGCCUCCCUCUUUAGCGCAAGUGAAGUGUGUUUGGAAUGAAUGUAUGCGUCUUGGAAGUAGUUUUCACAUUGAAACGUUGUCCGAACUCAGAAUCAAAUAUGCUACCUAAAAAUAACAUAUUCGCUGUGGUAGAACGUUUAUUUUGAUCUGCGAUUUUCUACAUUUUCAGAGUGCCAUCAGGUAGCCUGAUUUCAGAUGUGUCCAUGUAAACAGGAUUAUCAGGGAAAUCGUUCUUCUUACAAAGCAUGUCAACGUUUUAAUCAAACUAUUAUAUUAAUCUGACUAUCCACAAUAAUCGCAUUAUUGUGUGCAUGUAACCGCAUUCAGUAUGUGUGUAUGUUAACCCUGUUCCGGACCAUUAAACACACAUGCUGUUGAGAAGUCGUGGGGUUGGUGCCAUCAUGGAUUUGUAGAUAGAAAACCUGAUUAAUGCUUACAAUGUGCUGCUGUACCAAUACAGUAUGUUACACCCGACCAUAUGGAAAAUAUUAAUAAUGGACCACGCUGGAAUGUGAAUAAUAUAAGUUGUGUGCCUGGUUCCGACCCCUGACAUAAAGGUUGAAGAGUGAAAUGCAAGUAUGGUUCUGAUUCUGAUCAUGUUUGCCCUUGCAGAUGUAAGUUCAAAUGGGCCCUGGGUUCUCUAUAGCUUCUAUAGCCUCUCUAUAGCCUCUCUAUAGCCUCUCUAUAGCCUCUCUAUAGCCUCUAUAGCCUCUCUAUAGCCUCUCUAUAGCCUCUAUAGCCUCUAUAGCCUCUCGUUAGCCUCUAUAGCCUCUCUAUAGCCUCUAUAGCCUAUAUAGCCUCUCUAUAGCCUCUCUAUAGCCUAGCCUCGUUAGCCUCUAUAGCCUCUAUAGCCUCUAUAGCCUCUCUAUAGCCUCUCUAUAGCCUCUAUAGCCUCUCUAUAGCCUCUCUAUAGCCUCUAUAGCCUCUCUAUAGCCCCUCUAUAGCCCCUCUAUAGCCUCUCUAUAGCCUCGUUAGCCUCUAUAGCCUCUCUAUAGCCCCUCUAUAGCCUCUCUAUAGCCUCGUUAGCCUCUUUAGCCUCUCUUACUUAGGGGACUCUUCUCCAUGUUCAUCUCUCUGUAGGUGAUGGCUUUGUUAUGGAAGGUUUGGGAAUCGCUUCCUUUUAAGUGGUUAUAGAAUUUAACGUCUCUUUUCUGGAUUUUGAUAAUUAGCGGGUAUUGGCCUAAUUCUGCUCUGCAUGCAUUAUUAGGUGUUUUUCGUUGUACACAGAGGAUAUUUUUGCUGCUGUAGGCCCUCCUUGGAUGGUGACAGAAGCACCAGAUCAUCAGUAGACAUUUGACUUCAGAUUCUAGUAGGGUGCUGCAGACUGUUCUAGUGCCCUCGCCAAUUUGUUGAUAUAUAUGUUGAAGAGGGUGGGGCUUAAACUGCAUCCCUAUCUCACCCCACGGCCCUGUGGAAAGAAAUGUGUGUGUUUUUUGCAAAACAUUUUUUUGCCAAUUCUAGAAUGGAUUGAAUUUGCUGUUGCCUAAUUGUUUUUUGGUAGGUUUCGACACUACUUUCCUUCCAUCUAUAGCAUUUCUUAAUAUUAUUCAGUUCCUUUGGCUUUGAUGCCUCAUGAUUGAGUAUUGCUCUGUUCAAGUAGACUGUGAUUUUGCUGUGGUCUGAUAGGGGUGUCAGUGGGCUGUCUGUGAACGCGAGAGACUCUGGGUUCAAGUCAGUGAUAAAGUAGUCUACAGUACUACUGCCAAGAGAUGAGCUAUAGGUGUACCUACCAUAGGAGUCCCCUCGAAGCCUACCAUUGACUAUGUACAUACCUGUCUCUCGCUCUCACUCUCUCUCACACUCUCUCACACUCUUUCUCUCUCUCUUUCACACUCGCUCUCUCUCUCUCUCUCUAUGGAGGUCAAUGUAGACUGAAGGUGUAAUUGCGGUCGCUAGUCAGCUGCUUCUUUAAGGGGUUUACUUUAGGGCCUCUAACUGCUACUCUAUCUGACAGGUUUACUUUAACUCGAUUAAUCUGUGUGUGUGUGUGUGUGUGUGUGUGUGUGUGUGUGUGUGUCAGAAUGAUAUAUAGUGCAUUCGGAAAGUAUUCAGACCCCUUGACUUUUUCCACAUUUUGUUAAGUUACAGCCUUAUUCUUAAAUUGAUUAAAUAAAAUGUUUUCUUCAACAAUCUACACACAAUACCCCAUAAUGACAAAGCGAAAACAUUCUCUGGUCUGAUGAAACCAAGAUUGAACUCUUUGGCCUGAAUGCCAAGCGUCACGUCUGGAGGAAACCUGGCACCAUCCCUACGGUGAAGUAUGGUGGUGGCUGCAUCAUGCUGUGGGGAUGUUUUUCAGUGGCAGGGACUGGGAGACUAGUCAGGAUUGAGGGAAAGAUGAACGGAGCAAAGUACAGAGAGAUCCUUGAUGAAAACCGACUCCAGAGCGCUCAGGACCUCAGACUGGGGCGAUGGUUCACCUUCCAACAGGACAACAACCCUAAGCACACAGCCAAGUCAACGCAGGAGUGGCUUCGGGACAAGUCUCUGAAAGUCCUUGAGUGGCCCAGCCAGAGCCCGGACUUGAACCCGAUCGAACAUCUCUGGAGAGACCUGAAAAUAGCUGUGCAGUGACGGUCCCCAUCCAACCUGACAGAGCUUGAGAGGAUCUGCAGAGAAGAAUGGGAGAAACUCCCCAAAUACAGGUGUGCCAAGAUUGUAGCGUCAUACCCAAGAAGACUCGAGGCUGUAAUCGCUGCCAAAGGUGCUUCAACAAAGUACUGAGUAAAGGGUCUGAAUACUUAUGUAAAUGUAAUAUUUCCAGGGUUUUUUAUUUGCCCAAAUUUCUAAAAACCAGUUUUUGCUUCGUCAUUAGCUUUGUCAAUUUUAGAAUAAGGCUGGAAAAAGUCAAUGGAUCUGAAUACUUUCCAAAUGCACUGUAUGAGUGUACGAAUAAUGUAUUUCCAUCUUGUAUUUUUUGUGUAUUUAUACCCCAUUCACCCUUCAAUGUGUUGAAUGAUUUGCCGUUUGAAGGGUCACACCAUCAAACAGUUCUUAGGUUCCUUAAACAAUGCACUCUCAAAUCCAGUUCAAAUUCUCCACUUGUAAUCACACUAAAAUGAGGAAGUGGAUUAGGUUCCAUUUGAAGGUUAACAUCUCAUAGUAGGAGAGAGUGUCACUUUGAUUGACACAUUAAUAGGCAUUUAUUAUUAAUGGAAACUAAACCACAGGUGCAAGUGUCACAUUACACUAUCACAACUUUACAUAGUGACAGUACAAUAGUGGUAUAUUUACUGUAGCAAGUUCCUGAUAAGUUUUUAAAAUGUGAUUUAUUUCCAUGACGUGCCUCUCUGGCUUUCAGAAGAAUUCUUUCCAUUGAAGAAAGAAGAGGUAGGGCGUGUGUGUGAGAAAGAGGAAAGCAGAGAUUAGAAGGGAGUUCGCAGGGGAGGGAAUUCAGGCUCCUAUCCUAUUGGACAGAAUAAAUAGAUGACCUCCCCUCUCCCAAACGCUCAAACACACCCCUCCAGAAUACUGACAUGACAAAGUAGAGUGGCACUAACCACAACCAGACCUCAGUCAUGACCCAAUCAGCCCACUGAGCAACCAUAUUAAUUUUCCUUCAUGCAAGAGGCCUAAUAAAUGAAUGCUAAACAUGAUCAGAACCACAACACAGCUAAAGCACCAAAGCUUCUCGAUCAAAUACAAUAAUUGUAAAGACCUGAUAGCUGGGUGUUUUUGUGAACAACAGCUAGCUAGACCAAUGCUAGCUAGAUCACUGCUACAAUAUUGGAGCGAUUGAUCCGAAUGUUGGAUGUGUGGUCCUCCAUCCCCCCUGUAGGGCAUGGCCUUCACCCUGCAGGAGCGCCUGCAGCUGGGCAUCCACGGCCUGCUGCCCCCCGUCUUCCUCUCCCAGGACAUCCAGGUGCUCCGCAUCAUGAGAAGCUAUGAGGGCCGCACCCCCCUCGACAAGUGAGCACAAAUACACACACACACACAGAAACAAAUAAUACACUUACAUAUACAAACAAACAUACACAAGAUGGCUAAAAAUACACAUACAGACAGAAAUACAUUAGCUUUCCUCCCCCCUCAUUAUCACAAAUCAUUAUCAUCACUAUCACUAUCAUCACUAGCACUAUCAUCACUAUCACUAUAAUCACUAUUACUAUCAUCACUAGCACUAGCACUAUCAUCACUAUUACUAUCAUCACUAGUACUAUCAUCACUAUCAUUAUCAUCACUAUCACUUCCAGCUCUCUGUUUCACCUCAUCCUACAUCUCCUGUUGCUCUCUCUCUCUCUCUCUCUCUCUCUCUCUGUCUCUCUAUCUAUUUAUUUAUCUCUCUCUCUCUCUCUCUCUCUCUCUCUCUCUCUCUCGCUCUCUCUAUUUAUUUCUCUCUCUUACAUCUCUCUCUCACCAUCUCUAUCUCUCUCGCUCUCUCUCAGGUACAUUUUGCUGAUGACUUUGCAGGACAGGAAUGAGAAGUUGUUUUACCGCCUGCUGACGUCUGAUGUAGAGGAGUUCAUGCCCAUCGUCUAUACGCCUACUGUAGGGCUGGCCUGCCAACAGUACGGACUGGCCUUCAGGAGACCACGGUAGGCAUGACACACACACACACACACACACACACACACACAGAGACAGGGAAUUGUUGUGUGAUAAUAGUGUCUCAGUGGUUCUGAAGUGUUAGCAUGUAUCCCACAGAGGUCUCUUCAUCACCAUCCAUGAUAAAGGCCACAUCGCCACCAUGCUCAACUCCUGGCCUGAGGAGAACAUCAAGGUGAGGAGUACCACAAACACACACGCUUUACUUUACUUUACUCCAUUGUACAGGAUGUGGACAGGAGGUCGUAAACAGCAUAAGGCUCUUAGCUGGAGACUAGAAGUUUCACCAUGUGAACCAAACCUUGUGUGUGUAUUCCACAGGCCAUCGUGGUGACGGACGGAGAGCGUAUCCUGGGUCUGGGGGACCUGGGUAGUUACGGCAUGGGCAUCCCCGUGGGCAAACUGGCCCUGUACACGGCCUGCGGAGGAGUGCCACCCCAACAGUGUCUGCCAGUGCUGCUGGACGUGGGCACCGACAACCAGGUACUUCAACUGGGACACUCCAUGAGGAAACACCCAGGCCUGAUGGGCCUUCGUAGGCUAAUAUCACGGUACUUCUCAUUUGACCCAGCCAUAUAGAAAAGGCAGUAUCUUACCUAGUGAACUAAAUGUAUUACUGUUAGUUCUAUGACCGUGGGAUCUAUGUAGGGUUAUGGUAAGAAUCCAAUCAUUUUGGGAUUCACCAUGAUUGAAUAACAGUAUUGUUCAAUUCCAAAUCGACCUCUAGCCCCCCCGUCAUACUCAUAGACCUGUAAAUCUGAUGGGGUUGGAUAGGUGCCUUCAGAUCUACAGAAGUGCUUAGGGAGGAGGGGCUAGAAGUCAUUUGCAAUUCAGGGCUCCACUAUCACUUAGUUACUUCCCUUAUUUCCCUAGAGGUCCUCGUCGGCAGGUUGACAUUUAUUGAGAUUACUCAUAUGCUAAAGGCAGCUCUGCAGAGUGGUCGCUAGCUUGCACAGCCACAAAGUCAUAAAACCGGAUUUUAAACCUAGCCUUAACCCAAACCCUGCUCCUUGUCGUAGAGUGUGAAGUUGAUGAUGUUUAAUCUUUGAUCAGGCGCUCCUGGAAGACCCCCUGUAUAUCGGUCUAAAGCACAAGAGGGUCAGAGGAAAGGAGUAUGAUGAUCUCAUCGAUGAGUUCAUGCAGGCAGUUACUGACAAGUGGGUAGUGUGUGUGUGUGGGUGGGUGGGGCUGUGUAAUUUGACUAUCUGACCGACUGUUCACUGCUCUACGCUGCAGGUACGGGAUGAACUGUCUGAUCCAGUUUGAGGAUUUUGCCAAUGCCAACGCCUUCCGCCUCCUCAACAAGUACCGCAACCACUACUGCACCUUCAAUGAUGACAUCCAAGGUAAUCUCUCAGACCCUAUUCAAAAUCUACUCCCACUCCCAUAUCGGGAUUUUCAAAAUUCAGCGGAGGGCCACACAGAAUCUUUCCCGGACCGAUUUGUUUGUCAAAAGCAAUUUGCGGCCCAGAUAGAGGGCAUUUAUUUGAAAACGUAUAGGUCCAUUAUAAUUUCUACAUACUUUCUCUAUUCUAUAAGAGUGGCCUGGAGUGUUUUUUUAACCCAAAAUAAUAAAUAAAUACAACUUUAUUUGUUUUGUUUUUUGCAAACCUACCAUGGACAGUUAUUGGGAUUUGUAGGCUGUGUGGUUCACGGAUGACAUCCUGAUGACACAUUAUAUAAUUUUUUGUUUUGUUGAAAGAUAGAUGUGGAAAACCAUUCCGAGCACAACUUUCCAACCCAUCCCUCGUGUUUAUCACCCUCUCUAACUCACUCUCUCCCUCUCCCAGGCACAGCCUCGGUAGCAGUAGCUGGGGUCUUGGCUGCUUUGAAGAUCAUCAAGAACAAACUGUCAGACCACACCUUUGUGUUCCAGGGAGCAGGGGAGGUAGGAGGACAAACGUGCUGAUCUGUGUUAAUUAUAAACUCUUUGUCCAAAACUUAUUAACGUUUGGAAACCUCACUCUCUUGAAUCAAGCCUUGUAAGGUAACACAAGCAUGCAUAUGAAAUGGAUUGAUAAUCAUCAUGUUGCAUGGCAGUGAUUGGUUAGAUUGCUUGGCAGCAGGAUGCAUCAUGGGACGAUGUGUCUUUUUUAACCAGGCUGCACUGGGCAUCGCCCACCUGCUGAUCAUGGCCAUGGCGAAGGAGGGCGUGUCCGCCACGGACGCUGCAAAGAAGAUCUGGAUGGUCGACUCCAGGGGCCUCAUCGUCAAGGUAACGGCAAUACCCUAAUAUCAUAGCUAACCUCCUAAUCAAUGUUCCCUCAAAAUACAUUUGGCACUGAGCAAAUUUCAGGUCUGCUGAGCGCAAACUUGAACAUUGUGAAAAUUCGGUGCAACUUCCAGCGCGCGUUUACUGUGAACACUGAGGCUGUAUCCACUUGAAGUUACAGUUUCAGACAGUGGUCAAGUUGGCUUCUGUGGCUAUUUGAUCAUAAUGUAGGGUUACCAGUGUGGCCUACCGUCAAAAACAAUGGAGAAAAUACAUCCCAUAACAUUUUAACAUGCUGUUCUAUCAUUCAGCCUACAGUAGCAGCCAAUGUGUGGUGUUCAAUAUACGCCUACAUUCCAUGAGACUUUUGAAAAAAAUAACAUGCAGGGCUUGACAUUAACCUGUUUAUCCACUUGUCCUUCAGACAAGGAGGUGACUGAAAAUGUUGUUGUGUUGUUUGAUGCAAGAAACCACUUUACAAAAUAGGUGGGGUUUCAAAUGUCUCCGGAAGGUGGUGAGUGACUCCGCUGUCCUGGCGUCAUGAGGGAGCUUGUUCCACCAUUGGGGUGCCAGAGCAGCGAACAGUUUUGACUGGGCUGAGCAGGAACUGUGCUUCAGCAGAGGUAGGGGAGGCUGCAGGCCAGAGGUGGAUGAACGCAAUGCCCUCGUUUGGGUGUAGGGACUGAUCAGAGCCUGAAGGUACGGAGGUGCCGUUCCCCUCACAGCUCCGUAGGCAAGCACCAUGGUCUUGUAGCAGAUGCGAGCUUCAACUGGAAGCCAGUGUAGUGUGCGGAGGAGCGGGGUGACGUGAGAGAACUUGGGAAGGUUGAACACACGUCGCUACAUGUAGCUCUCGCUUUGAUCUCAAAACAAGUGCAUCUACUCACGACCACAGCUGUAAACAGUCCAGUUCAAAGUGAAUGGCACAGAUCCAUAAAUGGCAAUGGUCUAUUUGCAUAUAGGCCUACUGCAGCUAUGAUUGGUUAUGCCGCACCGGUUAGUGUAGAGUACGGGCUGAAUCGUGCGUGUCAAUGGAAUCAUACUCUGAUGCGUUCUACCUACAACAAAAUAUCUUGCAUAGUUAGUUUUGUUUCGGUAUGUUGCAUUGAAAGUGGCUAAUAUUGCAUUGAUUCGAUCACAAUUCCCACAGUAAAGGAAAACAUUGACAGUGUUAACUAAGGGGGAAAACUCUAGAACGUUGAGUGAAGUUCAGUCUCAUGCUUCUCUGUGCGGGCUGAUAUUUCUUCUGCGGCGCAGUCCCGGGGGAGCUGCAGACACGCGCGCAGCUUAGUGGGAACAUUGCUCCUAAUACACUUGAAUAGCUUCAAAACACUGAUCUGAUAAGCCUUCUCCUGAGCUGUCCAUCUACAUUUUACAUUUUACAUUUUAGUCAUUUAGCAGACGCUCUUAUCCAGAGCGACUUACAGUUAGUGAAUACAUAUUUUUUUAUACUGGCCCCCCGUGGGAAUCGAACCCACAACCCUGGCGUUGCAAACGCCAUGCUCUAUCAACUGAGCUACAUCCCGGCCGGCCAUUCCCUCCCCUACCCUGGACGACGCUGGGCCAAUUGUGCGCCGCCCAUGAGUCUCCCGGUCGCGGCCGGCUGCGACAGAGCCUGGAUUCGAACCAGGAUCUCUAGUGACACAGUUAGCACUGCGAUGCAGUGCCUUAGACCACUGCGCCACUCAGGAGUACGACUAGACAUGUAGGAUGCAACAUCCUAGAGCUUCAGAUAGAAAUAUCAUAUGUAGAACAGUCAUGCUGCGCUGUCAUGUAGAAUAGGGAAUGUCAGUCAUUUUGUAUCGGCAACAUUCAGAACGUUGCUCCCUCCUGAACUGGAUCCAGUUGUAUGUUAGACUUACUGAUGUCAUCAUUAUGCGACCCACAGGGCAGAGGAAACCUGAACCAUGAGAAGGAGGAGUUUGCCCAUGACCACGCCCACAUCAAGACCCUGGAGGAGGUGGUGCACACCAUCAAGCCCACUGCCAUCAUCGGUCAGUCCCCAUGAUCACCUACUGCAGGGUUCUUCAAUUCCGGUCCUGGAGGGCCGAAACACUUCUGUUUUUUAUUUCUACCUGGUAGUUAAUUGCACUCACCUGGUGUCCCAGGUCUGAAUUAGCCCCUGAUUAGAAGGAGAGGGUGAAAAACAGAGGUGUUUCGGCCCUCCAGGACCGGAAUUGAAGAACCCUGACCUACUGGCUCAGUUGGGCUCACCUGUGUAACUAGGGCUCACCUGGGUUAUGUACUAGGCCCGAAAUGAGAAAACAUUUUGAGUGCCACCGUUGUGUCAACAUUUACCCCCAUUUCAUGCCCACAGAACACGUCCCUGGUUUCUCUUGACCUUACUUUUUUGGUAUUUGGUAUUUUAUUAGGAUUCCCAUUAGCAUUUGAGCAAUAUGAGAUGGAACGGAGAUCCAUGCGAUAAUGGCUCUAUAUAAUACUGGACACUUUCUUGAAUUUGUUCUGGAUUUGGAGACUGUAAAAAGACCCCUGGUGGCAUGUCUGGUGGGGUAAGUGUGUGUGUCAGAGCUUUGUGUAAGUUGACUAUGCAAACAAUUAGAGAUUUCCAACACAUCUAUCACUCCAGUGUUAAUACAAAAUUAUAAUUGUAAAUAUUUUGCACUAUGGCCUAUUUAUUGCCUUACCUCCAUAACUUACUACAUUUGCACACACUGUAUAUAUAUUUUCUAUUGUGUUAUAGACUGUAUGUUUUGUUUAUCCCAUAUGUAACUCUGUGUUGUUGUUGUUUUUAUCGCACUGCUUUGCUUUAUCUUGGCCAGGUCGCAGUUGUAAAUGAGAACUUGUUCUCAACUGGCUUACCUGGUUUUAUUUUUUUGUUAAAGAAGAAGUGAUGCAGUCAGUCUCGCCUCAACUCUUAGCACAGAGAGAGUGGCAUGCAUAGUAUUACACAACAUGUUCUUCAUAAUGCCACUAAGCUCAGAAGCUGAAUUAAAACGGACAGAUAAUCAACAUUGCAGAGCAUCAGCAUCUUAUGUACAGUGGGGGAAAACAGUAUUUAGUCAGCCACCAAUUGUGCAAGUUCUCCCACUUAAAAAGAUGUGAGAGGCCUGUAAUUUUCAUCAUAGGUACACGUCAACUAUGACAGACAAAUUGAGAAUUUUCUUUCCAGAAAAUCACAUUGUAGAAUUUUUAAUGAAUUUAUUUGCAAAUUAUGGUGGAAAAUAAGUAUUUGGUCACCUACAAACAAGCAAGAUUUCUGGCUCUCACAGACCUGUAACUUCUUCUUUAAGAGGCUCCUCUGUCCUCCACUCGUUACCUGUAUUAAUGGCACCUGUUUGAACUUGUUAUCAGGAUAAAAGACACCUGUCCACAACCUCAAACAGUCACACUCCAAACUCCACUAUGGCCAAGGCCAAAGAGCUGUCAAAGGACACCAGAAACAAAAUUGUAGACCUGCACUAGGCUGGGAAGACUGAAUCUGCAAUAGGUAAGCAGCUUGGUUUGAAGAAAUCAACUGUGGGAGCAAUUAUUAGGAAAUGGAAGACAUACAAGACCACUGAUAAUCUCCCUCGAUCUGGGGCUCCACGCAAGAUCUCACCCCGUGGGGUCAAAAUGAUCACAAGAACGGUGAGCAAAAAUCCCAGAACCACACGGGGGGACCUAGUGAAUGACCUGCAGAGAGCUGGGACCAAAGUAACAAACGCCUACCAUCAGUAACACACUACGCCGCCAGGGACUCAAAUCCUGCAGUGCCAGACGUGUCCCCCUGCUUAAGCAGUACAUGUCCAGGCCCGUCUGAAGUUUGCUAGAGUGCAUUUGGAUGAUCCAGAAGAGGAUUGGGAGAAUGUCAUAUGGUCAGAUGAAACCAAAAUAGAACUUUUUGGUAAAAACUCAACUCGUCGUGUUUGGAGGACAAAGAAUGCUGAGUUGCAUCCAAAGAACACCAUACCUACUGUGAAGCAUGGGGGUGGAAACAUCAUGCUUUGGGGCUGUUUUUCUGCAAAGGGACCAGGACGACUGAUCCGUGUAAAGGAAAGAAUGAAUGGGGCCAUGUAUCGUGAGAUUUUGAGUGAAAACCUCCUUCCAUCAGCAAGGGCAUUGAAGAUGAAACGUGGCUGGGUCUUUCAGCAUGACAAUGAUCCCAAACACACCGCCCGGGCAACGAAGGAGUGGCUUCGUAAGAAGCAUUUCAAGGUCCUGGAGUGGCCUAGCCAGUCUCCAGAUCUCAACCCCAUAGAAAAUCUUUGGAGGGAGUUGAAAGUCCGUGUCGCCCAGCGACAGCCCCAAAACAUCACUGCUCUAGAGGAGAUCUGCACAGAGGAAUGGGCCAAAAUACCAGCAACAGUGUGUGAAAACCUUGUGAAGACUUACAGAAAAUGUUUGACCUGUGUCAUUGCCAACAAAGGGUAUAUAACAAAGUAUUGAGAGACUUUUGUUAUUGACCAAAUACUUAUUUUCCACCAUAAUUUGCAAAUAAAUUCAUUAAAAAUCCUACAAUGUGAUUUUCUGGAUUUUUUUUUUCUCAUUUUGUCUGUCAUAGUUGACGUGUACCUAUGAUGAAAAUUACAGGCCUCUCUCAUAUUUUUAAGUGGGAGAACUUGCACAAUUGGUGGCUGACUAAAUACUUUUUUCCCCCACUGUAUGUUUUAUUCUCACACUCAGUACUCUUUUCCUGUGUGCAGGUGUGGCGGCCAUCGGAGGGGCAUUUACUGAAAACAUCAUCAAGGACAUGGCGUCCUUCAACGAGAGGCCCAUCAUCUUCGCCCUGAGCAACCCCACCAGCAAGGCAGAGUGCACCGCCGAGCAGUGCUACCAACUCACCGAGGUACUGUAACACUCACCUCUCUGACCUCUGACCCUAACCUAGAGAAUAUAGAUUCACUCUCUGUUCCCUUGUUUGAGUGCCGCUGAAUGUACGCUUACUAAAUAUUCUUGCUCUCUCAUGCUCUUUCUCUCUCUCUCUCAUGCUCUCUCUCUCUCUCAUGCUCUCUCUCUCUCUCUCUCUCAUGCUCUCUCUCUCUCUCUCUCUCAUGCUCUUUCUCUCUCAUGCUCUCUCUCUCUCUCUCAUGCGCUCUCUCUCAUGCUCUCUCUCUCAUGCUCUCUCUCUCUCUCUCAUGCUCUCUCUCAUGCUCUCUCUCUCAUGCUCUCUCAUGCUCUCUCUCAUGCUCUCUCUUUCUCAUGCUCUCUCUCGCUCUCUCUCUCUCUCAUGCUCUCUCUCUCUCUCUGAUACGCUCUCUCUCAUGCUCUCUCUCUCUCUCUCUCUCUCUCUCAUGCUCUCUCUCAUGCUCUCUCUAUCUCAUGCUCUCUCUCUAUCUCAUGCUCUCUCUCUAUCUCAUGCUCUCUCUCUCUCUCAUGCUCUCUCUCUCUCUCUCUCUCAUGCUUUCUCUCUCUCUCUCAUUCUCUCUCUCUCAUGCUCUCUCUUUCUCUCAUGCUCUCUCUUUCUCUCAUGCUCUCUCUCUCUCUCUCUCUCUCAUGCUCUCUCUCUCAUGCUCUAUCAUGCUCUCUCUCUCAUGCUCUCUCUCUCUCUCUCUCUCUCAUGCUCUCUCUCUCAUGCUCUCUCUCUCCCUCUCCCAGGGGCGGGGCAUCUUUGCGAGUGGCAGCCCCUUUAGUAAAGUGACCCUGGCUGAUGGGCGCUCCUUCAUCCCCGGCCAGGGGAACAACGCCUACGUGUUCCCUGGCGUGGCGCUGGGGGUCAUCGCAUGCGGGGUGCGCCAAAUCUCUGACGACAUCUUCCUCACCACAGCUGAGGUAACUGUUUGUCUUUUAUUAUCACAUUUUCAGCAAAAGACAGACUUUCGUAAAACAUUUCAACGAAAGACAAACAAAAGUUCCCUAACUGCAGAGGUAAAGGGGAAGAGACUUGAUCAAGAGAAAUCCACACACACACACAGUCACACACACACAUUUUUGAGAAGUUAUUUUAUUUUAAUGUCACAUCGCACUUUCUAUUUUCCAUUCUCUUCUCUUUCUGUCACCCAUAACCCUCUUUCUCGCUUCACUUCUCUUGCGCAAAUCCUUCCCCCCUCAUUUAUUCACUUAUUUGUUACAUUUCCUGUUUCUCUCUGUCUCUCUCUCUGUCUCUCGCUCAGGCGAUAGCUGACAUGGUAACAGAGGAGCACCUAGCCGAAGGGAGACUCUACCCUCCCCUCAACAGCAUCAGAGAGGUGUCCUUUAAGAUCGCUGUCAAGGUUGGAGACCGACACCUCCCCACAAACCAUCAUCAAUACCAACAUUACAUUCCCACAUCCACACCCAUGUUACUGCAGAGAAAGACACUGCAUCAGCGCUCUAACUCAAUGCCCUUUCUCUCGACCAAUCACUCAGGUGGUGGACUAUGCUUACAGACACAACAUCGCCUCCCUGUACCCGGAGCCCAAGGACAAGGAGGCAUUUGUGCUCUCCCACGUCUACAGCCCCGACUACGACUCCUUCAUCCAGGACACCUACAACUGGCCCCAGGACUCCAUGAAUGUCCAGAACGUGUGAACUCCAUCUCCCAUCAGCCACCUCUCUUUCUGUCUCCAUUGUUCGAUCACUCUCAGUACAGCACAAGGGAGCCACAUAUCAGAAACGCACCGCCGCCUCUUCUCUCCAGCACUCGCAUAUUUUCACCAAUCAUCACUCAACUCCUUCUGAAGUUAGGUCAUCAAUACGAGACACUCCUUUGCCCCUAGACACUCCCCAGUGCCCAUAGAAAUGCAUAGGAUGUACAUAUUAGUUGCAGAUGACCAGUAGUUAGCCAGCACAGAGAUACUUUGAAGGGUAUUUUUGAAGGUUCAGUAACUUGAAGCCUCCUUUGUCUUUUGUAAUUGGUUUGUUUGUCAUAUCCACAACAUUGUAUCCAUACAGUCGUACUUCCAGGUUAUAGUGCCACAUCAUUUCAUGUAUAAAUUGAGGCUACCCUCAAACUGUUCUAUACAUUCUAUUUCUAUGUUCCCAUAUUCUAAUACCUUGGAAUUAUCUGUGAUUGAUACAGAAUCUGGAGACAGACUAUUGACAUCACCAUAGCGCCAUGGUAUUCUAUCUGUGUCCUGUGUCACCAAGCCCCUAAUAACACACUCUAUUGAGCUUUCUAGGCCUGGUCCAGUCUGUGUGGUCUAGCUUCAAUAACUAACAGGCUAAACUCUAAUAUAAAUUACAUAAUAUUAUUACAAAAGGCUAGGUCUCUCAGGCAUCUAUUGUAGGGUGCAUCUCAGGAGUCUUACCUGGCUUCCUUCCCUUGACUCCUUCAUCUUUACUACAUCUGCAUCUGCAAAAUGGACAAGGGAAAGCAAAUUCCCAUUAGGCAUUCACCAUAUCGCCUUCACCUGUCCAUUGUUUUUUAAUUAGUCAGGAUGAAAGGAGAUGGGAGACGAGGACCCCCGUUUUAGACUAUUAAGAUGGGCCCCUUGUCCGGACAUCAACGCACAAACCCUCAUAAUGCCUUCCUCUGUUUGACCUUCUGACCUCACAAUGUCAUAUCCUGCAGUCUUUGGUUGGAGGAUUCUAUCAGAUAUUAGUAAGGAAUGAGAUGUACAAGCCAGUUCACACUGUUCAUUACCUCCUCAUUGAUUUUCAAGCGCAACUCCUUUAUAUUAUUAACUGACAUAUUGCUCCUUGUUGUCCCUGCAUGCUUUAGGCUACACUCCUGCCAACGCCUGGGUUAGGACAGGGCCAGAUAGACAAUCUAUAGAACUUCAAGCCUUGUAACGUAACACAAGCAUGCAUAUGAAAUGGCUUGAUUAUCAUGUUGCAUGGCAGUGAUUGGUUAGAUUGUUUGGUAGCAGGAUGCAUCAUGGGACUAUUGUCUUUUAUACGCAGGUUGCACUGGGCAUAGCCCACUUGCUGAUAAUGGCCAUAAAGUUAUAAAGGAUAUAUUUUUUAAAGGAUAUAAAAUAGGGCUUUUAAUUUAUUUUAAAAAACACUCCCUGUUCAUCUUAUAUUUUUCCUCUAGACUUUGUCACUGAUCGCCUGUUGAUAUGCGAGUGUCAGUAGAGUUUUAACGAGAUGCAUAGCUACAUGGUUUUAUCCCCAAUGUCACUACCUGUAGCAACUGACUUCAGGUCUGUGAGGUGCCGAAAGUUAAUGUACAGAGGUAUCUUUGAGCAAGCACUCGUGCAGUGUUUCCCAACCCCGGUUCUCGAGUUCCCCCAACAGUACACAUUUUCAUUGUAACCCUGGACAAGCACACCUGAUUCAACUGG